AGCCUGUCGCAAUUAUAUCAGUAUUUCGUAACCUUACGAUAAUCGUACGCAUGCGCAGUUAAAGCGAGCUCUUCAAACGAAGGUAUUUUAUCUGAUGUUUGGUGUCUGCUGUCAGUUUUCACUUGGACGUAAACAAGUUGUAAAAGUUCUGUUAGAGGAUGUCUUUAAGCGGAAAAGAAAAGAAGCGAGGGCCAAACUGGACGAUAGAAGAAAGAAAUACGCUUAUAGAGCUAUGCCGGGCCAGUACAAACACACUCAAAAUGAACUGGGGAGAAGUGGCUGACAGGGUGAACAGUAUCGGGGGAAACUCCAGAGUCGCCCCUGAGGUUAAAAAGAAGUGGACUGAUAUGAAGACUGAAAUUGAAUUGACACAAUAUCCGCUGCUCUCCCUUUACCCAAACCUGGUUCCCUUGGUCAGCAGUAGAAUGGAUACAGGCGAGAAGGAAUCAGCAGAUAGUGAACAUAUGCACUCAACGCGGGCCAUUCUCCAGUUUCUUGCUGCAUGUUUCCUCAUAAUCAUAGCAGUAGGGCUUGGAAGUGUAUGGCAUUUCCUGUUUCUUUGCUACAAAAAUCAAGGAGGUGCAUUCCUCAUGCAAUGUUGUAGCCUGUUGGCAGUGAUAUGCCUUAGCCUGUUCUACAUGGAGAUCUCCAACGGACAUCAGAAAGUUAACUUGCUAUUCAAAGGCUGUUUGUUCCUGGUAUUUCUAUCAGCGGUCACUAUGACACAGGGUCCCUUGAUUCCAGACUAUUCAUAUUCAGGUCUAGGGCUCUGCUCUACAACGGAACCAGAGUUUUGUGCAAGAGCGAAAUGCAGAAAGUGCAUUCCACAGAGUUGCUCUGACGCAAAUAUAUAUGUACAAAGAUUUCGGGAAGGUUGUUGUAAAACAGAUGAAGCCAAGACACACCAAAAGUGCAUUAGUAUUUGUUCAGCAGAUGGAGCAAGAUACAAGUUGAAACUGUAUGACAGUGAAAUGGGGAUCUUGACUACACUUUGUCCUGAAGGACAGAUCAUUAAAAAGUGUCUUCUCUGCAAACCAUGUUUUCCAGCCAUGUGCAAGCAUUGGGCUGACAAAGAGGUGUUUGAUGACCAGUGCCGUCCACAGUUAGGAUCUGAUCACCCAAUGGUCAAGCAGUGUGAAUACAUCUGGAAUGAGAUUAUCAGCUCCAAGCCCAUAACCACAUCGGCUGCCUACUCCACGAAAACGCCUGCAAAUCGCACCAAAACACGUACACAAAAGUCCACAACGCCUGCAAAUCGGACCACAACGCCUGCAAAUCGGACCACAACGCCUGCAAAUCGGACCACAACACCUGCAAAUCAGACCACAAUAGUUGGCAUAAUAAUUGGCUGUAGCAUACUAGCCACUGUAGUAGCUAUAGCCAUUAUUGAUUCGAAAUGGAAUAGGUCGAGAUGUAGGAAUUGGCUGAAAGCGUGUUGUCGUUCACACUGCAUGUCCAUAGAUACCAGGCUGGAUAAAGUUGCCCAUCUAGAUGGAAACAACUUGGAUGUAUCGGUUUGCCUCCAAGAAUGUAGUUUCAAAGUAGCUGAUCGGAACACUACAAGCCUUCCACCAAGGCCUUCCAUCUACAAUGGACACACACAAUCAAUUCCUUAUGAUCCUUCCACUGAGAGUACUUCAAUGGAGCAUCAUCAAUUGCUAUCUGUGCCCACUGAAAUUCAUCAAUCGGAAUCCGAUCUCGUUGAGGAACAGCAAUUGGAAUGCAUCAGUAUAAAUCGGGAAGAGGUUGAGCCCAAUCUUGUCUGAAGGAAAACUUUUAUUGAUAUUUGUGUAGUAUUUAUCUAGAUUGUUCUUGAUGUAAUCAUGCUGUGUAUGCCUGCUUGUUAAAAGUAGUAAUCCACUUUUUGAAAAUAGUUAAUACUCCAUGAUAUUUUUACAUCAAAAUAUAGUAUAACAGCCAUUAAGAAAUACAUAGACACUGUACAUAAACAUUUACUAGAGGUAAUACUUAUAUAUGUACAUGUUGUUUUUAUUUAUGCAAAAUGACCAUUAAUCAGCAUCAAAAUACAUAUAGUUAUUUUCUUUAUUUUUAAAUAAGAUUUUCACUAUAAUUAAUAGAAAUCUUAACAUUGUAACCAAGUUACAUCUUUCAUGCAGUUCCUUUUUUUUCAAAAAUUAGCAUGUAUAUCAUUGGGGUUGUCAUUUCUUUGAUGUAAAAAUAGCAGGAAAAAAAUCAUCAUAACUUCUAACCAUAACAAAUAUAACUGGUAUCACUGCACCUGCAUGUAAUUUAAGAGCUCUUCUAAACAGAAACCUACAAAAAUGAGAAUUUAUCAACAAAUUUGUGCUAAACACUUCAACAUCAUCAAUUUCCAUCACUCACUUCAGUAGUAAAAAUUUGGUUCUAAGAAAGUGGGGAAAAUAUUUAAAGUUUAUUAUUUUAUUUUAUUACCAGUACUACAUUAGGGCAUUCAUAUAUAUGUCUAUGUCACCAAUAAUUGAUUGCCAAAUCUUGUUAAUGAAUUAUCACUAAAUAUAUAAUUAAAUUGUAUUUACCUGUACGAGUGGUAUAUUUUGAUAUAUGAAAUGUUUUCCUUGUUUUCUGUUUUCACAAAUCCUUUCUCUCAAAUCUCAUUCACAUCAUUUGUUAAUUCUAGUGCAUCAAGUAAUUAAAAAUAUUUUUCUAAUGAUAUUUAUUGAAGUGAUACCUCUAUAAUUUUGGGCACAAGAGUAAACACAUUUCUUGAAAAUAGGAACAAUUGCGCCCUUACACCAAGAGGAUAAAUUCUUUUAAUAAAUAUAAUUAAAAAUGAACUCCUUGGAGUCGAUGAAAAACCUCCAACAUUAUUAACCAGAUGUUUGUUCCUCAGUGUUAUGGCCUUUAAUCAUUUAUAAUAAUAUCCCUUUUUUCACUUUGAAAUCUUAUUGAUUUGUUCUCCACUAAAAUUGUAUGAGAUGUAUAGUGUUUACAUCAACCAUUGAAGAAUUACUUGUUAAACUUGUCCAUUUGUAAGUGUUAUUACUUACUAAGCUUUUCUAAUUUAUUAUCUUGUCUUUUUCACUGUGAUAAUUUUAUGUAUCCAUUUGCUUUUAAAAUGGUAUGAGGUACAUAGAGGUACAUAUAGUGUUUACAUGGAUCAUUGAUAAUUUAUCAUAUUCUUCUGAUCCACUUUGCUAAAUUCAUUUAUUUUCUUCUUUUUCCCUUUAUAAUAAUGAUUACCAUUUUAUUGUUUGCUUUUUACUUUAUCUUUUAUCUCAUAACAUGUACCCUUUAGAUUCAUCUUGUCACUUAUCUGUGAUAUCAAUCAAAUAUGUCCGAAGUUUAUCAGGUUAAUAUUAUAAUAUACAUUCUGAUCACUGUUUUGACAAUCAUAUCACUUCAUGUCUCCUCAGUUUAUAUACUCUUACACUCAUAUUACCUUUAUUGUAGAAUCAAGAUUAGGCCGCUAAUUGUUAACCUAAAAACUUCAGAAGUCUCUGAGCAGGUGAAAUGCACAAACAUACAGAAAUAUCACUACACACAUAUUCGUGGUGUUUCUAUAGUAUUCACAUGUAUCAUUUGUACUUAAAUAUUUAGAUUGAAAUAUAUGACAUCACUUGUGUAAUUUCAUAAAAUUAAAACCCAGUAUUGUGCUUAAUAUACAUUGACCUAUGAUUUCAUGAUUACAUUCCAUGAUUAAUAGCAGAUCUUGCAUAAUUAUAUAGAGGUCAUUUCAUGCGGAGUUUUAUAAACCAUUUUUCUAAUGUAAAUGAUAAAAAACGAGCUUUGGCGAGAUUUGUUGGCAAAUGUAGUAAAAUAUAGUAAAUGAGUUUAAUAAUUUUAUAUUGAAUGCCACAAAUACGAGAUUUUAUUUAUAGCAUAUAUAUGUAUGUGACUAUGUACCAAUUUAUAGCACUAAAUUUAUUACAUGUUUAUACAGCGCUGCCAGUGUCAAUUCAUUCAGUUGGUGAUUAUUAACAACAUAACGUCACACUGAAAUUUAUUACACUGUUACUGUUUAGAUAUCAAAACAUAUAAUGAUGGGAUUAAAGAUAUUUUUUUGAAAGAAUGACUUUGAGAAAAAUUGUAAAGACUUCAUACUCCUAUGCAAUGACAAUGUUUGUUAUAAUAAAUUUAA